UCGAUCAUCGGCUUCAUCGCCUUUUCUCUCUCGCUCUCUGGCCGACUCUCGCCUCUUCUUCUAGCUCAGCUCGGAACAGGGGCGACACAGCGUUGCUAAUUAGCCAAUCUCAAACCCUAACAGCUCGAUUUCUGACUUGAUUCAAGCCAGGGUGCACAUCGUAUGGCAUCUUCAUCCCAAGCUCUUUCUGCUCCUCUGCGCACACGUGCCCCUCCUAUUCCAUUUUUCUCACGAACUUCAUCGUCGUGGUUUCCAGUGACCAAUCGGUCCUUCCGUGGUAGCUCUGGUCUUUUUUCGACACAGGCCAGUAGUAGUAGCAUCUCGGUAAUCAGGGCCAACAAUCCGGAAAAAUUCAGCUGCUUGAAGACAAAGGUGUCAACGUCUGCGAAUAUGGCAACUGAGAAAAAAGCACAGGUAUUUGAUUCUGAAGAAGCUCUGUCGGUGUCUCUGGCCAAAUACAUUGCCGAUUUGUCGGAAAAGUUCAUCAAACAAAAGGGUUCCUUCACAGUUGUUGUGUCCGGAGGAUCUUUGAUCAAGUCACUCAGGAAACUAGUGGAAGCACCUUACGUUGAUUCGAUAGAUUGGUCAAAAUGGCAUAUGUUUUGGGUGGAUGAAAGAGUUGUUCCUAAAGAUCAUCCGGAUAGCAAUUAUCUGCUUGCCUUUGAUAGUUUUCUCUCGAAGGUGCCAAUUCCCCCUGGAAAUAUUUAUGCCAUUAAUGAUGCCUUGUCAGCGGAGGGUGCAGCAGACGACUAUGAAACCUGUAUCAAGCAUAUGGUUCAUAACGGAGUAAUCAGCACAUCUGAGGCAAGUGGGAUUCCGAAAUUCGAUCUUAUGCUCUUGGGGAUGGGCCCAGAUGGACAUGUGGCAUCUUUAUUUCCUGGACACCCUCUGCUUCAAGAAAAGAGCAAGUGGGUUGCUUUCAUCAAGGAAUCACCAAAACCCCCUCCAGAAAGAAUUACCUUCACUUUCCCAGUAAUAAACUCAUCUGCAAAUGUCGUGCUCGUGGUAGCCGGGGCUGGUAAAGCCCAUCCGGUGCAUGUAGCUCUGGGCGAUGGUCAAGAUCCCGAGUUGUUGCCUGUUCAAAUGGUUUCGCCUGAAGGAGAGCUGACAUGGUUUUUGGACAAGGAUGCAGCCUCAAAGCUCUAGGACAUUUGCAGUCCAUCAUAAUGCCAAGUUGAUCCCAACUCCUUUAAAGCUCAUGUUUAUCUAUCUUAUGCUUGUUCUUUAGCUUCCCAUAGACGUUUGAGAUCAGAAGAUCAUUUUCAGCUUCAAGAUUGUGAUGUACUUUAAAUAAAGAAUAUGGUUUGAUUGCUCCAAUAAGCAAGAAUGAGAAAAAGAUGAAAGAUACCAAAAAAGUGAAAUCCA